GUAUAGCAUAGCAGGAAUUGCCCUCAUGACAACAAAGCAAGGUUCACUGACAGUGUCAGUCCAGUCUCAGAACAAGCCUCUUUAAUGGGGAAGUACAUUGUCUGUUACAUGUCUGCAAAACAGCUAGCGGCCUAAAUGAAAAAUCAGCAAACUGUAUGCAACCCACUGGAAAUUCUGUGUCAGAGCAAUCACAUGCGGUUAUAUGUUGCAUGUCUGCACCUGAAAGUACACAGCACAUGCGAGGCGCUCGUCCGGUGAGGAGUUUCCACUGAGGGCGGCGCUACGCUCUUUUCAGGAAGUGCUGGGACAGAGGAAAUUUUGCUUUCGUGGUAAAUAAAACAAAGUUCCUCGUUUGUGACAUUUAUAACCAGGUGUGGUAUGUUUGCACGUCCACAUAACCUCUGUCCCAGCAAAACAAACGCGUCUUGCGCGUGAUGAUCCGUUAACAAUCAGAGAUGGCUGCAGUAACUCUCGUGGAUCUUACACACGUCCGCUCUUCACAACACGACAUUUGUGUGAAAAAGCGUAUCAGCGAGUUCUGUGCAUUGACCGGGAAUGGCUCACAAGAGCCAGUCUUCUUCAUAGCGGAUCCAGAGAGCUCCGUGGGGACGGAUAGAUUUCCUAGAAGCUCUAUUCAGGAGAUGUUUAUCGGUUUCAUCAAUUCCCCACAGGUCCUGUGCAAGAUCUCGCUUUCAGCCGCAUUAUACUCAUUCAAACAGGCUAUAGACAAAGAGGACAUUAGUAAAGUGAAGAUCGUGACUUCGAGCCGCGGGAGAGGAUUGUUUCAGGUCUACCAGGAGCUCCUUUUCACUUCUGCGUAUGAUUUUGAGUACAGUAUCAUGUUUGACAAUCUGUCCUGUGAGUGCUGUCCCUCGAGUCAGUGCACAGACAGCAGCGCCGCUCGGGCAGCUGACGCUAAACGUGAGCUCAGCACGUUUCUGCAGCACCUACCAGCGCUCAAAGGAGACAUUGCAAUUCUCAGAUCUUCUUUAAUUUCAGACUGCUUCGGUCAUGGGUUCUCCACUCGUACCGGAGGUAUAUCCUACAUCAGCACUUUGAGCUCACUCAACCUCUUCUGUAACCCGCGGCGUAAAGACUCCAGAGCCGUGGUGACUGAGAACCUCCGGCGGCUCGGCCUGCAGGCUGGAUUUCACCCUCAACAGUUCAACCUCAUAAAGUGUAAUCAUGCCAGUGAUGUGUGGGUGAUGGGCAAACCCGCCCCCAAAAGUUACGACGGAAUGGUGACCAAUCAGUUGGGAGUUGUCAUAGCAGCACCAGGGGCCGACUGCAUGCCGCUGCUCUUCACUGACCCCGUAGCAAAGGUCAUUGGAGUGGCACAUGCAGGCUGGAAGGGGAGCCUCAUGGGAAUUGCAAUGGCAACGGUGAAUGCCAUGGUGUCAGAGUUUGGCAGCAGGCCUGCAGACAUUGUGUGUGUGAUCGGGCCUUCUGUUGGGCCGUGCUGCUUUACUAUGGAGCAAGAUUCGGCCCGAGAGUUUCACGCCAUACACCCAGACUGUGUUAGACAUAUGGACUCAUCUAGACCUUAUGUCGACAUCAGACUCGCAACCAGAAUUCUGCUGGCCAGAGGUGGAAUUAAACCCGAACACAUCGAGGACAUCAGGAUCCCACACCAAUCUGAGUCUACACUCUGCACCUCCUGCCAUCCUGAACUAUUCUUCUCCCAUGUGAGAGAUGGACUCAACUUUGGGACACAAAUUGGCUUUGUGUGGAUCAAAUAAUCACCAAGCUCUGACUGAAUGUGCAGAAACAUUACAUAUACAUGAAUUCAUUCAUGAGGAAGAAUCUAAAUGACAGUACAUACAUAUAUUAAUAUAAUAAAUGAAUCAGUAUGGAAUGAUCUCACAUAUAUGUGUCUGUAUAUAUAUAUAUAUGUUAUAUAUAUAUGGCACUGAAAUAAAAUGUGUCAUUUGGUUAGUUCACAAAUGUCACACCACAGGACUAAAGAAGUAGCUUCACAUACAUACAAAAAAUACACUUGUAAUUAAUAGUAGGAGCUAGAACAUUUUUCAAGACGCAGCAUUUUCAAGAUUUUGUCACUCUUCAGGAGAAUUAAUUGUGACAGUUGUAUAGACUAUGUAAUAUAAAUUUUAUAUAUUUAAAUAGUAUUGUAUAAAAUGUUAAAACUAUGAAUUAUAAUAGAUCAUUUAAUGUUUUUGACCAAAUCUGUGGUGUGUGUGGUCCAGACGAUUAAUAAAAAGAUGAAAAAAGUAUGAGCCAUUUUCAACAAUGUCAACAACACACUGGAAGAAAUAAAGAAACCUUGCUAAAAUACAUAAUUCAGGAACUUUCUGUUAAUAAUCAUCAGUAUGAGAGUGAUUUGUGUUUUUUUUUUGUUUGUUUUUUUUUUAAAUUACACAAUCUAUUUUUAAUGAACUAUUUUUGAGAGGUUGAAAUAGACUGUGAAUGUACACUAGAGGGAGCUCAUUAGCUAAUCGUGUUAGCGUGACCAUUCACAUAUUACAAGUAGGCUACUAAGUACUACGUACUAUGUUAUAAGUACUUAGUAACUGCACUAACCAAAAUCAUAUGACAGAGAAAACAGCCACUUAUUUUAUGUCAUGUCAAGCCUAAAAUGUCAAGCUU